CUAGGAGAUACUUCACUUAUUGUUAUUACUUCUGAUUGACCUUCUGCCGACUCGACCGGCGAAAAGUCGUGACGAUCCCAAAGCUGAAUAGAGUUUGGACGUGUUGAUUCUACUGGCGCGCGUCUCCCCAUCGUCGUUUCGACACCUCCCAGUUCCCGAAUCCCUUCGCCCUCUCUUCCCUCCCCGGAAAUCGGAAAUCUCCUGAACUGAGAUUUAUCUGUCCUCCACCUCAUCGACCGAUUGCGCCUGCCUAUCACAGGAGAGUUACCGACCCUGCGCCUGCUCCUCCUGCUCCACGCCUUCCACCCCCAUUGAACACCAAGAAAUGGCACCGAAACGCAAAAGAGCGGCCUCAUCGGCAGCAAAGGCGGCGGAAGUCGACGAGACGAUACCUGCAGUUGAAGUGUCUGACGCGACAGCAAUGGCAGAGGCUGGUCCCGCGAAGACGAGGCAAACGGAGUCGCCUGCCAAACGCUCGCGGGCCAGCUCUAAACGCAGUGGCAACGACAGCGAGCAACCAGCGCAGAUGGCUGUCCCAACAGGCGGCAGUGUCUCGAUGCCCGUGAACGCCACCGUCGACGGCUCCGGCGAGUCGGGCGAAGCGGGCACCAUGCGUAUGGAAGCUCCUCCGCAAGCGGGCCUUGUCGACCCUGCGGGCGGCUACAAGACGAACCCACCACCGACUGAUCGCCCAGUGCGUGUGUAUGCGGAUGGCGUGUUCGAUCUGUUUCAUCUGGGCCACAUGAGAGUGCUACAGCAGGCUAAGACGGCCUUCCCGAACACGAGGCUGAUCGUGGGUGUGACCGGGGAUGAGGAGACAUUCAAGAGAAAGGGCCUGACCGUCAUGAGCGCGAAAGAAAGAGCCGAGAGCGUCAGACAUUGCAGAUGGGUGGACGAGGUCGUCGAAGAUUGUCCGUGGAUCAUCACGGUCGACUUCCUCGAGCAGCAUAACAUUGACUAUGUGGCACAUGAUGACUUGCCCUAUGGCGCGUCGGAAGGAGACGAUAUUUAUGCGCCCAUCAAGGAAAAGGGCAUGUUCCUUGUCACACAGAGGACAGAAGGUGUCAGCACGACCGGCAUCAUUACCAAGAUUGUCAGGGACUAUGAGCAGUAUGUCGGCAGGCAGUUGAAGAGAGGUACGACGAGACAGGAGUUGAACAUUUCAUGGUUCAAGAAGAACGAAAUGGACAUCAAGCGACACGUCACCGAGUUGAGAGACACCAUUCGACAGAACUGGACCACCACAGGACGAGAAUUGAGCACCGAGCUCGGCAAGCUUUGGCAGCCUAGCAGGCCCAGCAGUCCAGCACCGUCAGUGACGGCAAGCCUAAGGAAUGGCCGCGGCAUCUCAACCAACGGGUCUGAAUCGCCACUGCCUGGCUCUGCAUCCGAUCGAUUGAAGGUGGAGACUGCAAGUGCACGGAGCUCCACGCCGACCAAGGGUAGGAACAUGGACUUUGCGGCCGGAUAUGCCAUGGGUCUCAUUGGUGGGGUCAAGGGGUGGAUGGAAAGCAACAAAAGACGCAACCUGUCCGACAGUCGCGCUCAAUCGCCCAACGACAGCCCCGAGAGAAGUCCCGUCGACGAUGAUGAGCCAGAGAGCGCCACUCGAGGCAGAAAAGGGCGAACGCCUACGGUCGAGAAGAGAGAUCCUCUGGAUACCGUGCACUCUUAGGACGGUGUUAUCGAUCCUGCUCUCCUGGCAUUGACAAGCAUUUCAAGACAGGACAGCUUGCAGGAGGAUGAGGGUAGUAUCGCUCCUGCGCAUCCGUUAUCCGGUACCAUUGAUCCCAUGGUGGUCAUGCCCAAGGGAAAGGAGCCUGCACCUGGCGCGAUGGAAUCGCAUGGUGCCCCUCGGCUUCUCGACCGCCUUGCAGCUGCUCUGCCACCCUCUGUAUUUGACGGGCAGGGAAGGUUACGCAACGACAGAGAAAGCGUGUCUCUUGCUGCUACCGUAUUUGGCGGAAGUCCGAUCAUCACGGACAAGGACAUUCUGCGGGACAUGACAGCUGCGGGCGACCAAGAUAGUCCGUUCAUGAAUCCAGACAUGGAGGGAGUGCUUUUUACGGAUACUGCAACUGUAACGCCUGAAGUCACUGCAGCGCCUGGUCCGUCUGAUGCUGCCAAGGACUGGGAGGAGGAGAUUGCUGAGCUUGAUCACGACAUGAAAUUUGCCGGCUAAAAAGUCAUGAGAUUCUGCAGAGGGCGCAUUCUGGUAUCAUCAAAAAAGGUGUGCAUGAAUGGGUUGAAGAAGAAGAAAUAGAUUGCGUACCAAAAGGAAUAAAAGGGAGGCCUUGCUAGAGUGUAAUGUGUUAUAGCGAUAGAGGAGUUCUGAUGAACAACCAAUUACGUUCAGUUUCG